GAAGGCUUCGCUGUCCCGGCUUCCCCCUCGUGGGUCCCAUCUUCGGAUCACAUCGCGGCCGUCCGUCUCCGUCUUCGCCUGGUCUCGACCGUUUGCGCCGGCGUGGUAAACUUUGCGUCAACGGCACGGCCUGACACCGCUGACGAGGAGAGAGAGAGAGAGCGCGCAAGCGCGAGGACGACGACGAAACAAUAGAAGAGGACGGCCACUGCCCGAUUCGCACGCCGACAAAGAGGAAACCGACGUCAGCCCCUCUCUCUCUCCUCCGCUCGCCGGAAGGGAACGCGAGAUGGGCGCUGCCGUGACGGAGGCGAUGGAACCGCCCUCCGGAGGAAAGGAGGAGAAGCUCGGCGGAGGAGAGAAAUCGGUUGGAGGAGAGCGGAAGAAGGAAGUGGUGAUGGUGGAUUCGUCGCCGGGGGAGACGAAGGUGUCCAGGUUGCAGACGCAGCACCCAGUGGCUCCCAUCCAUGUCGCCCCGCACCCCGCCGCCACAGCGGCCACCGCCUCCGCCGGCUUCCAACCCGCCCCAACCCCACCGCAGGUCGUCAGCCUGGCCUCGCUGAACUCCAGGGCGUACACCAAUCGGAUUUCGCUGCUGCUCUUCGUGUUCCACCUCCUGGUGGCCGCCGCCGCCGUGUGCUUCUUCUGCUACAAGGGAGUCCAGGGCUUGCUCGACUUCGGAUCUCCCAGGGCUCGACGGGAGAGGCAUGUGCUCAAGUUCUGGAUUCCGCCCAUCGAGGGCGCCUCCGUCCUCAGCAUCAUCCUCGCCUUCGUCUGGCAGAAAACGGUGCGGUUGUAUCCUACCGUCAUGGUCCACAUCAUCCUCUGGGCCAGCUUCUUCGCCACCAUGGCUGCCGGAAUCCUCCUCCUUUGCUUCUCCCUCCCGGCCACAGACGGGCUCGGCGUCGCCCUCAUCGCCUUCUCAAUCGGCGCCGGCCUCUACACCUGCUGGGUCACUCGCCGUGUCGCAUUCACGGGGAAGAUCUUCGCCCAGGCGCUGAAGCCGGUGGCCAAAUUCCCGGACGUGAACGGCCCGGCCUACCUCAUGAUGGGCGUCGGCUUCCUCUGGAUCUUGGUGUGGUGCUUUUCCAUCAUCGGAGCCCUCAAUUUCUACUACCCGCCCCUGACCAUCCUCGCCCUGGUGCUCAGCCUGGCUUGGACGGCCGAGGUGAUGCGCAAUGUGGCUAAUUUGACGGUUAGCCGAGUGAUCGCCCUGUAUUACCUCAGGGGAAUGCAGUCGAACACCCAGUUCAGCUUCCAGCGCGCCACCACCAUCAAUCUCGGCAGCGCCUGCCUCGGCUCGCUCUUCGUCCCCUCCAUCGAGGCGCUCAGGAUCAUCGCCCGCGGCCUCAACUUGCUGGAGGGAGAGGACGAGUUCUUGUUCUCCUGCGCUCACUGCUGCCUCAGAGUCAUGGAAUCCGUCUUCCGCUACGGGAACAGCUGGGCCUUCGUCCAUAUCGCAGCAUACGGAAAGGGGUUCGUGGAGGCGUCGAUGAGCACUUGGGGGCUAUUCGAGCGGAACAAGAUGGAAGAGCUGGUCGACUCCGACAUCACCUCCGCCGUCUGCUUUCUGACUGGGGUGACCAGCGGCGCACUCUCCCUCAUCUUCGCCGCGUCCUGGACCUUCUCCUCCCACAAGCACUACACGGCCACCGUCUCCCUCCUCGCCUUCUUCGUCGGCUAUCUCAUGGUCAGUUCCUCUCUCUCUCUCACUCUCACUCUCACACACUCCAGACUCCAGAGGGAAUCACUCACCCAACCCCCAAAUCCCUUUCCCGCAGACGCGGAUCGGCAUGGCGCUGCCGCACGCGUGCGUGGCGUGCUACUACGUCUGCUACGCCGAGAACCCGACCUCGCGACUGUUCGACUCCACCAUCCCGGAGCGGCUGAACCAGAUCGACCGCGAGGGCAACGUAGCCACGCCUCGGUUCCCCCGGCGCCCCCCUACCGCUUGACGCCCGCCCGCCCUCCCGCCCUCCCGCCCGCCCGCCGCCGCACAAUGGCUGCUCCUGCAGACAAAUCAAUCGCCGCCUCGCGACGGCGACGGAAGGAGACGCCCGCACGCCAAGUGUUUGUAUAUUUGUCUCAAUUAAAAAAGACCCGACAGCUGGGCUACGAGGGGGAAGGAGCGGAGUCUUGAGUCGUGACGUAAGUCGUAAGGCUUCGAAUUUAAUUGGUGGGGCAGAUCUCAUGGGAUCGUUGUCAUCGGCGCUUUAUCUCGUUGAAUGAUUAAUCUGCGCCGCCAUCCUCGGUAGGGAAUAUU